CAGCAUUGGAUAUACGAUGAAUACGCCCGUAAAUUCCCGAUGUGCUUGAUGCAAAAAUAAUUUUGAUGAUGCAUAGGUGCCUAAGGAGACUACACAGUAAAAAUGAAAUGCUCUGUGCUCUUCCUCGUUUGCUUACUGAAUAAAUACGAGAGUCAUCUUCUUAGAUCGUAUCAGCCUCGCCGCGCCGCCGCCACUCAGCAACCUCGCUUUGUCAUAUUACCGCCGACAUAAUGAGCUGGACGACGGCUUUCUCGCUCAACACUUCGCUAUCCCCUGGCCUCCGUCGCUCUCUAGCCCUAAAACCUCCCUGCUACGCCGGUCCAUCCAAAGCAUGCCUCAAUGUGGACAUCCCCGCCGCCGAUUCGACCAAAAUUCACCUUGUUCAAGAGGACAAGACCUCGGCGAUAAUCGCCGACGAGAAGAAAUUUCUGGUGGGAACCUAUGCGCGGCAGCGGGUGGUUAUUUCGGCCGGGAAAGGCUCUAAAUUGUACGACGUUGAAGGGAAGGAGUAUAUCGACCUAACUUCUGGUAUUGCCGUGAAUGCCCUAGGGCACGGGGAUUCCGAUUGGCUCCGAGCUUUAGUAAAUCAAGCUGAAGCGCUGGCGCACACUAGCAAUGUCUACUACACCGUUCCGCAGAUAGAGCUUGCAAAGCAGCUGGUUGCAACCUCUUUUGCCGAGCGUGUGUUCUUCUGCAACUCUGGAACUGAGGCUAAUGAAGCUGCAAUUAAAUUUUCAAGAAAAUUCCAGAGGUUUUCUCAUCCAGACGAGAAGAAUCCGCCCAUGGAGUUCAUUGCAUUCACUAAUUCAUUCCAUGGCAGAACCAUGGGUGCUGUUGCUCUAACAAGCAAAGAGCAGUACAGAGCUCCCUUUGAGCCCGUCAUGCCCGGAGUGACUUUCUUAGAAUAUGGCAAUUCUCAAGCAGCAGUAGAUUUGAUUCAGACCGGAAAGAUUGCUGCAGUAUUUGUGGAACCUGUACAGGGAGAAGGCGGGAUACACAGUGCAACAAAGGAGUUCCUCCAAUCCUUGCGAACAGCUUGUGAUAGAACUGGAAGCCUUCUUGUCUUUGAUGAGGUACAAUGUGGCUUGGGUCGAACUGGAAAUCUCUGGGCUCAUGAAGCAUAUGGCAUUUACCCUGAUAUAAUGACUCUUGCCAAACCUCUUGCUGGAGGUCUCCCCAUUGGUGCUGUACUGACCACCGAGCGAGUUGCCGAAGCCAUUAAUUAUGGAGAUCACGGCAGCACUUUUGCAGGCAAUCCUCUUGUUUGCAGCGCCGGAAUUGCAGUGCUGGAAAAAAUAUCAAACCCGAGCUUCCUGGCUAGCGUGGUGGAGAAAGGUCAGUUCUUGAGGGAUCUAUUAGUCGAGAAACUACAAGGAAAUGCCCACGUGAAAGAAAUCCGUGGCUGUGGCCUCAUUAUUGGGAUAGAACUUGACGGGCCUGCCUCCCCUUUGGUGGAAGCAUGCCAACAAUCGGGCCUUCUCAUUCUGACAGCCGGAAAAGGAAACGUUGUCCGGAUUGUGCCCCCGUUGAUCAUAACCAAGCAGGAAUUGGCCCAGGCUGUUGAGAUCUUGGUCAAGUGCUUUCCAGUUCUUGAUCAAGUUGCCAAAAGGUAGCAGUCUACAUUUCCCAUUCAGGUUUGUUUUAUAUUAAGCUUUGGAUGUAAUAAAGUGAAUGAAGUGUUAGAUUUUCUUCCAUGGACUGAA